AUGGGGGUGAAGCGGAGCCUUCAGAGUGGGGGCACUUUGUUCAUCCUCUUGGCCAACAUCCUCAUAGUGCUCUCCACUGCCACCAACUACUGGACCCGCCACCAUGGUGGCCACAGUGGCCUGUGGCAGGAGUGUAACCACGGCAUCUGUUCCAACAUGCUCUGCCAGACCACGCUGGCCGUGACGGGGGUGUGCAUGGCGCUGGCGGCGGGCUUGGGCGUCGUGGGAAUGGUGAUGGCGUUGAGGAUUCUGUGCCACCAGGGCGAGUCGCUGAGGGGCCAGACUACGAGCGCCUUCUUCCUCUGCGGGCUGCUGCUGCUGAUCGCCUUGAUAGGCUACACCGUGAAGAAUGCGUGGAAGCACGACGUCUUCUUCUCCUGGUCCUAUUUUUCUGGGUGGCUGGCUUUGGUCUUCUCCAUUCUCGCGGGCUUCUGCUUUCUCCUGGCAGACAUGAUCGUGCAGAGCACCGACGCUAUCAGUGGAUUCCCCGUGUGUCUGUGACUUCAGCCUGUCCGAGACAGAAUAAAGGAACGGCUUUUGGC